CCCGUCUACACCUAUCCAAGUCUUGGAUGCAAGUAUCAUAUUCUCUUGAAUUGGAUAGUGUAGACACCCUACUUGAAUGGUUUUUAACGAGAAAUUAUGUGACAUCCAUGAAGAUAAUUUCUUGCAAGAAAGUUAGAACACGUUCUAUUUUUCUACAAGUUUUGGCUGUCAAAAACACUGAUAACACCGAUUUGAAACAAAACAUGUGCCCGAAGAUGAGAAAAUUUUUACUUUUUUUCUGACUUUUCUUGUUGAUUCAGUGUGAAUGACCUGUGAAUUUUCAGUAAAUGUUUACAAUGUCGUUCUCAAAGGAACAAAUCGAUACAUUGAUUGAUUUAUAUCAGGAAAGGCCAUUUCUAUAUAAUAACAGUUUGAAAGAUUAUCACAACAAACAAAAGCGGGAAAUUGGAAUAAAUGACAUUGCAACUGUUUUAGAAAUUUCAGCUGAGGAAGUGAAGAAGAAAAUUACCAGCCUUCGAACACAGUACAGUGCUGAGCAUCAGAAAGUGCUAUCCUCAGCAAAAAGUGGAGCAGGGACGAACAAUGUGUACACCCCAAAAUGGUCAUUCUACAACAGGCUUCACUUCCUUGCAGAUCACAUAACUCCACGACGAUCACUUUCUAAUUUAUCGAAUGAAAAACUGACAGAAGAUGAUGAUCAAACUGGCCAGAUGGCUGGAACAAUUGCUGGCACUUCAACCGGUAAGAAAAGGUCAAUAAGGGAACAAGAGGAUAUCGUUCUUAAAGAGGCAAGUGAAAGUCUAAAAGCACUGAGAGAAAGCCAAACCUCUCGGGGAGAUGAGCAUGAUUUGGUUGGAAGAUAUCUAGCUGAUCAGUUAAGGUUACUGAAAAAUGCAGACACUGCGAGGAGUGCACAUAUUACACUGAUGAAUGUUGUACAUGAGCUGAUACGCGCAGAAAAUCAAACACAGUCUACAUUUCAAGUUCCACCACUAAAUACCAUGCAAACACCUGUAUCUCAAUACAGAUCCGGAUUUCUGAGAUAUCACUCAAGAUCACAGCCUUCGUCACCAAGCCCACUAACCGAGGCCUUGACACCAAUAAGACCACUGCAUCCGUUUUACAAACAUCCUACAUGUAGUACAAGCCAGGCUGAUCUACAGUCCAGGUCACAAUCUCCGUUCUUGCACGAGUCUGUUAGUCAAGACCAAUAAGGAUGACCUGUUUAUCUUUGCAAAAAAAGGACACUCUGGUUCUACUAUGUUGUAG